AAAAUUUCACAAGUUCAGUUUUUAUAGUUUCCACUCUUUCAUCAUCUGUCCGUGGCUUUCUUCCAUUUUCUCUCAAUUGUGACCUCAAUGUCCUUCAGUUUCCUUUUAGCUGCCUCUUUUUGCUGCAAUGACAAAAGAGUGUCCAGAAUUCCCCUAGCUUUUGAAAGGUCCACAAAGUACCUCUCUGUGCGUACGUUAAGAUGUUAGGCGGGUGAUGUCAUGGCUGGCAGGACCUGAGUCCCACUGUGCCCGCUAAGCCGAGACAUGAGCAGUACAACAUUCUUUCUUUUCAAUCCACCCGCCAGCAUCCAGUCUUAGGCUCCGGUCGAGUGAAUCAAAGUCUAAUUGGCAUAUUUCCCAUGUUGGACAGCUACAGUGUGGUCAUUGAAGGGAUGCAAAUGACAUUAUUUAGGAGGCAUUCACCGAAAUAAACUCUGGGCUAAUUAGUGCACUUUGUUUUGCUUGUGUGACCAACUGUGUGUACUGUGCAGCUGCUCUCUGGUGGGCUUCAAGGAGGUGGUCUGUUAACUGUGCUCGAGUUCAUUCAGAGGGCUACCUUCUUUGGGACUAUUCACAUGUACACUAUGCAGACAAAAGCAUUCAAACGCGCUAUUUAAUGAAUUUGUCAAUCACAAUUUGGACGCCAACUCUAAUUCUCCAUGUUAAUUGUCCAUCUCAAUCAAGACAUUCUUGAGAGCAAUUUUGUUUCCAAACUUGAGAUAACAAAAGAUAACCAAAUCCUGACUCACAAAAUAUAAUCGUGACUUUCCCACAAGAAAGACACAUAGUGUGAGUGCACGUUUGCACUUUACAUUCACCUUUUCUUCCCGCCCUUAAAUUUACCAAUCAUGUUGAUUGUAUCCACCUGUGACCCUGUGUAUAAAUAGUCUGCCUCUGCCCUUGUCCGUUGUCAGUUUGUCUUGUAUCCUGCUAUGUCAUGUGCCACCACCUUUUUGCCUAGAUUUAUGUUGGCACCGACCCCUGAGGCUGCUGAGCGAGGACGGGAUGAAGAUGAGACCUCCCGGCCCUCUGCUGAUCCUGCUCUAUGUCACACUGUCAAAGUGUCUCAAGGUGGUCUCCAAGCGAGGCUCAGUGGAUGGCUGCACAGACUGGUCGGUGGACUACCUGAAGUACCAGGUGCUGCAGGGUGAGCCGGUGCGACUAAAGUGUGCCCUGUUCUACGGAUACAUCCGCGCCAACUACAGCCAGGCGCAAAGCGUCGGCCUCAGCCUCAUGUGGUACCGCAGCUCAGGCCUUGGCCACAGCGACUUCGAGGAGCCCAUCUCUUUCGACGGUGUGCGCAUGAGCAAGGAGGAGGAUGCCAUCUGGUUCAGACCUGCCGACCUUCAGGACAUUGGACUUUACUCCUGUGUCUUACGGAACUCAACUUACUGCAUGAAGGUGUCCAUGUCACUAACGGUUGCUGAGAACGACACUAAUAUGUGCUACAACUCCAACAUGCGACGGAUGGAAAAGGCCGAGCUAAGCAAGAGUAAAGACAUCCUGUGCCCUGACAUCGAUGACUAUGUUGAGCCUGGCAAAGAGCCAGACAUUACUUGGUACAAGGAAUGUCAUCCAAAGAAGUGGCGUGCCAGUGUCAUCCAGAAGAGAGACAUUCUGACUUUCCAGGAGGUGAAGGAAGACGACAUUGGAAACUACACCUGCGAGGUCCAAUUCGGAGGCUUUGUGGUCAGGAGAACGACUGAACUCGCCGUCACCGCCCCUUUGACCGACAAGCCACCCAAGAUCCUGUUCCCCUCGGAAAACAAGAUUAACAACAUGGAGCUGCAGCUAGGUGGUGCCCUGAACCUAACUUGCCGGGCGUUUUUCGGCUACAGCGGCGACGUCAUCCCACUCAUGUACUGGAUGAAGGGAGAUAAAUUCAUCGAAGAUCUAGAUGAGGAGCGAGUGCAGGAGACUGAAAUCAAAAUCGUCAAGGAGCAUCUAGGCGAGCAGGAAGUGGCCAUCUCCCUGACCAUCGACUCACUGGAGGAGGAGGAUCUAGGAAAUUAUUCGUGUUAUGUCGAGAAUGGCAACGGCCGUCGCCAGGCUACCAUCCAGCUCUUCAGGAAGGCAGAGCUCAUGUACACGGUGGAGCUUGCCGGGGGGCUCGGAGCCAUCCUGCUGCUGCUCAUCUUCCUCAUCUCGCUGUACAAAUGCUACAGGAUUGAGAUGAUGCUCUUCUACAGGAGGCACUUUGGCAGCGAAGACCUGGACGGAGAAAACAAGGACUAUGAUGCCUAUCUGUCUUACACCAAAGUGGACCCUGACCAGUGGAGCCAAGAGACCCGGGAGGAGGAACGCUUCGCCCUGGAAAUUCUCCCUGAUGUACUGGAGAAGCAUUACGGCUACAAACUUUUUAUCCCCGACCGGGAUCUCAUUCCAACUGGAAGUCUCACCACUGAGCAUUACCAGGAUGACACGCGACUUUUUGGAGCUUACAUCGAGGACGUGGCACGCUGCGUGGAUCAGAGCAAGCGGCUCAUCAUCGUCAUGACGCCCAACUACGUGGUUCGGCGCGGCUGGAGCAUCUUCGAGCUGGAGACGCGCCUGCGCAACAUGCUGGUCACCGGCGAGAUCAAGGUGAUCCUCAUCGAGUGCGCCGAACUGCGCGGUAUUAUGAAUUACCAGGAAGUGGAAGCCCUCAAACACACCAUCAAGACCCUGACCGUCAUCAAGUGGCACGGCCCCAAGAGCAACAAGCUGCACUCCAAGUUCUGGAAGCAGCUGCAGUACGAGAUGCCCUUCCGGCGCACUGAGCCCAUGCUGGGCCACGAGCCGGCGCUGGACGUCAGCGAGCAGGGCGCUUUCGGCGAGCUGCAAACCGUCUCGGCCAUCUCCAUGGCGGCGGCCACCUCCACCGCCAUGGCCACCGCCCACCCGGAGCUUCGCUCGUCCUUCCACAACUCCUACCACACCACCGUGAGGCAGAAACACUACUACCGCAGCUACGAGUACGACCUGCCCGCCGGGGGCACCCUACCGCCGCUCUCGUCGCUGGGGAGCCAGCACACCUACUGCAACAUCCCUCUGACGCUGCUCAACGGGCAGAGGCCGGCCGGGAAGAGCCGCGAGCACAGCCUGGAGGAGGCGCACGCCAACAACGCCAUGUUGCCGUUGCUGCCGCGCGAGACCAGCAUCUCCAGCGUGAUCUGGUAACCAGCUUACCAGAAGCGACGUGGUAAAAAUUUCGCUUUUUCAAGGGGAGACUCCAUUCCCCUCCUCCGAGAGAACCGACACUCUGUUAAGGGUUAUUUUCUACGUGCAGAUUUGUAAUCAUCGAGGACACUCACGUGGAAGAACGCUAUCACGUAUGCACACACAUGCAUCCAUCUACGCGUAAGGAAAACAGGGUCUUGUACAUAUAGCUCCAUUCAUUUGUAGCAUUCUUCUUCUGUUCUAUCAUUCACACGUCUGUUGCCUUCUCCAUCCUAGGAGUUUGCUUUGACUUCCAGAGGUGUAUAUUUUUAUCACUUUUUUUGUACUAUUUUAAUGCCCAUGUGCUUGUUUGCGAAGACAGUUAUGCAGUGUACUCUUUUGUUUGAAAUCUUUGCAUUCUUUUUAGGUUUUCCUGGACAAUUUCUCAGCUUCCGGGAGCUGCAAAGACUUUGGUUGUUUUCAGUGUGUUUUGACCUGUAGAAGGUGUAUCUACUUCAAAAAAAUGGAAUAUCAACAAAAGAAAUCCUAGAAUAUGCAAAAAUAACAGGCGGGGCUGGGAAGAAGGGGGCGGGGCUUGUCCACACCAAUCAGCUCCCUGCAGCAGAGGAAGAGCAAGAUGACGACAAAGACGGAUUUUCUAUUUGAGACGCUGUUUGAGAAUGCCUCACCUUAAAAAAAAGAAAGUGUAGAUUAUUUUAAAAAAAUAACUCUAUUUUUAUAAGCAGUUGCCUGAGGAGUCACAUUUUAUUGUUUCAUCUACCAUGGGAGGACAAUUUAGUGUUUUGUACACAACUUUUGCACCCCACACAAACUCUAAUCAUCAUUUUUGUUUGUUUUUAAAAGACAAAAAAAAACAAAAAAAAAAAAUGUUGACAUUCUGAUAACUGCUUUGGUUUCCUAUGUAACAAUAAUUCAUGUUUAAGGCAAGAAAAAGUACAUUUGUGUCCAGGGGGGAAAGACUUUAGAUAUAUUUGAAGGUGUGACUUUUUUGAGUAUGCAUAGCAAAUAGAUAUGUAUUCUAUAUAUAAUAUAGAUAUUUAUAUAAAUAUAUAAACACAAUUUUCACGCGGAGAGAAAUGUCUAUCUUUAUAGGAACACGAGUCAUGAUCAGUUGCCCUUAUACUUUCUCACUGCACAUUAAAAACAACUUUGAUUUCCUUUGUGUGCCUCCUGUUUUGUGUGCAACUCAGACGUAAAGUUACACUUACACGUACUUCUGACUUACAUUUGUUUGUAUGAUGAUACUUGAUAUCUGGGAUGUCAAACAUACACUGCUGUAGGGCUGCAGCUAUCGAAUAUUUUAGUAUUCGAGUAAUCGACUGAAAAUUCUAUCGAUUAAUC